AGGCGGGCCGGGCCGGGGCGCCCAGGGGAGCGGGCUCGGUAAGGCCGCCAGGGCUCGGCCAGCCGCUGGACCGAGCUCUCUUCCCCCGCCCCCCCGCCCGGGGCGAGCUCGGCGGGAGGGCGCCGGAGCGCGCGCGCACGUACACUCGGGUGCGCGCGCGCCGCCGGACUUCCCCGCACGGCGCAGGCGCACGCGGUUUGGAAAGCUGCCGGAGCUAACGUUCUGUUCCGGGGUGGGCGCUGAAGCGUAGGGCGCUCGCUCGGCCGCCCGGUGGCCUUCGACCAUGCCCGAGAAGGAGCUGCCUGGCCCUGAGCCCGCCGCCAAGAGUCGAGGCGCGGGCUACCGGAGAGAGGCGCCGCUGCCCGCUGGCGAGGCCAGGCAGAUCCCAACUCCGGUGCCAGUGAUCCGCCUUCCCCGGGGCCCAGACGGCACCAGUCGGGGUUUCAGCGCCACUCGGGGCCGCGAGAGGACUGGUUCUGCCUCGGAGGUGGCUGAGCAGCGGGCCAGGGCUGCCCUGCGGGAGCGCUACCUCCGGAGCAUCCUGGCCAUGGUGGGACGUCCCGUGCACUUUACCCUGCACGAGCGCGUCCAAGUGGACGCCCACUUUGGGGCCACCGACCUCGACGUGGCCAACUUCCACGUGUCUCAGCUGCAGACGCCCCUCGGGGUGCAGGGCGAGGCCCUGCUCCGCUGUGCCGACAUCAUCUCCUACUCCUUCCAUCUGUGACCCUCCCUGGGCAGCUGCGGCAGCCAGGCCGAGGACUUGGGGCUGCCAACCUCGCCUGGUACAGCGGGGCAUCCCGAGCACUGGGCAGGGAGGCGGCCCACCCUGAGAUGCAAGGACGGCUGCAUCCCGAGGCUCAGGUCCUGGCGGCUACCGCGGCUCCCAGCCCCUUCAUGGUGGACAAUGAGGACGACGGCUGGCGCCGGGAGGCCUUGACCGGACCCAGGACUCGGGAGAAUGAGCUGGGACCCAUUUCCCCAAGCCAGCCAUAAAGAUUGCGAGUCCUGGGCUCCACCGAGGGUCAUCUGGGGAGGGGACCACCAAUAAAACCCUCCCUGGCCACUGCCCGAUUCUCUGCAGGGUCACCUCGGAUCUGUGUUUCCUGGGACUGCUCUCCCCCAAGGAUGGGAGGCCGCCGCCUGUUCAUUCUAUCAAUAAACAUUUGUUA